AUGGAGGUUCCCCCUGUGCAUCCCGGACUUGCAUCUCUAGAUCUACUGUUGCUACAGGCCAACCAUAGGUCAUCAUACAUACAGGAUGGGCAGUGUUUGUCCCAUACAUUCCGCACCAGACGUAUAGAUGAUAUGUGGGAGUUCAUUAAGGACCACACACUCCAUCCCCGUAUAGUUAGACGCCUUCAUGAUAUAGGUUUCUACAAGAUCAUAGAGAUCGUCCUGUUGAAGUUCAACUGGGCGUUGAUCACGACUAUGAUAGAGCAGUGGAAACUGGAGAUGAACACGUUUCAUCUACCCAUCAGCGAGGCUACCAUCACGCUUGAGAACGUGGAGGUUCUUUUCGGGCUGCCGGUUGAUAGAUUACCUGUAGCUUACCCGCAUGCUCUCAGAGACUAUAGGGGAUUGCAUUACCUGCAUAUGUUACAGCGUCUCACCGGAUUCCAGCCUGCGGAGGAGACUACAUUGAGUGGGGCCAGUCGUUUGCAGCUGAAGCCCGUCCGACAGCAUCUGGAGGCGAUGUAUGCGGAGAUUACGGAUGAUUCACCGCCGGAGGUUAUCGACCGACACACGAGAUUGUUGGAGUUGCUGAUGUUUGGUGGGGUACUGUUUCCGAAUACUUCGGAAAACCUAGUCAACUUGAGAUUUCUACAUCAUCUUGAGCAGCUAGAUGAUUUACCUGAUUAUAGCUGGGGUGCAACUGUUCUAGGUUACCUGUAUAUGCAGAUGUGUCGGGCGUGCACGGGCACCAGAGAGACGUUGUCAGAUUUUUACCGCUAG